AUGAGUUCAUUAGGUCGUUUGAGUACUACAUGUUUUGAUCGAGGUUGUUUUCCGAAACCUCAGGUUGAAAGGAGGAGUUCGAGUGUUCGAAUUUUUCCCAUUAGAUGCUCGGUAGCUUCGGCACCGCCGCAGAGUUUGCAGGUUUCUGAUAGCAAAGCUCACCAGUCGGAAAAAUACCGAAUUGGUGUUCUAGGAGCUAGUGGUUAUACUGGUUCUGAGAUUAUUAGACUCCUUGCAAAUCACCCAUACUUUGAAAUUACAUUGAUGACCGCAGACAGAAAAGCAGGUCAACCAAUUGGAUCAGUAUUUCCCCAUUUGGUAACAAAAGAUUUGCCAGAUUUGGUUGCUGUGAAGGAUGCUGAGUUUGGUGAUGUAGAUGCUGUAUUUUGUUGCUUACCACAUGGAACCACUCAGGAAAUUAUUAAAGGUCUUCCCAACAGUUUAAAAGUUGUUGAUCUUUCGGCGGAUUUCAGGUUACGAGAUCUUGGGGAAUAUGAAGAAUGGUAUGGUCAGCCUCAUCGGGCACCAGAUUUACAGAAAGAAGCUGUUUAUGGUUUGACAGAGAUUUAUAGGAAAGAAAUUCAGGCUGCACGCCUUGUUGCUAAUCCUGGAUGUUAUCCAACCUCUAUUCAGCUUCCGCUGGUUCCGUUGAUAAAGGCAAGGCUCAUUGAAGUCAAAAAUAUUAUUAUUGACUCAAAAUCUGGGGUUAGUGGAGCUGGACGUGGUGCAAAGGAGGCAAAUCUAUAUACGGAGAUAGCUGAAGGGAUACAUUCAUAUGGCAUCACGAGACAUCGUCACAUGCCAGAAAUUGAACAAGGUUUAACAGAUGCAUCGGGCGAAAGAGUGACUGUUAGCUUCACUCCACACCUGAUGCCAAUGAGCCGUGGUAUGCAAUCAACCAUCUACGUCGAAAUGGCUCCUGGGGUAUCAACAGAGGAUCUGUAUCAGCACUUGAAGAACUUCUACGAGAAGGAAGAAUUUGUAGUUUUGUUAAAGAAUAAAGAAGUUCCACACACUCGACAUGUCCGAGGAUCCAAUUACUGCCUCCUAAAUGUUUUUCCUGACCGAAUCCCUGGAAGAGCCAUAAUCGUCUCAGUUAUUGACAAUCUUGUAAAGGGAGCUUCUGGUCAGGCAUUGCAGAACCUCAACUUGAUGAUGGGAAUUCCGGAAAACACUGGGCUACUCAAUCUUCCUUUAUUUCCUUAA